AUGUCUGGAAAUUUUUAUGCUCAACAUUCAAAUAAUUUCUUAAAGUUUUUCAAAAGCGGCAGAGGCUUUGACCUCAUUCUAUAUGUAGGUUACGGACAAGAUAGAAGAGAAUUCAAAGUACAUACUCAAAUACUGUAUGCGCAAUCAAAAUAUUUCCGAGCUGCGCUAUCCGACAAAUGGCUCAAAAGGAAGGGGAAUUGUUACGUCUUUGAGAAAUCCAAUGUCGAAGCUGAUGUCUUUGAAAUCAUUCUAAGAUAUCUCUACACGGGGGCGGUGAAUAUAGAGAACUGUGAUGGAUCUCAGAUUCUCAAACUGUUGGUCGCAUCGGACGAAAUGAACUUGGGUGAUCUGCUUCACUUUGCGCAAAAUUACCUUAUUGAGUCAAGGAAACCCUACAUACUUGAACAACCAGUCCAGGUACUUGAAUCAAUUUUCCGACUCGAAUCGUGCAAACCGCUUAGACUCUUUUGUCUCGAUGCAAUCUGCGACGAUUGCACAAAGUUGUUCGAAUCUGAAGAUUAUUUGACGCUGGAAGAAGACAUAUUUGCUCAGAUUUUGCAGUAUGAUAAAUUAUAUGUGAAAGAAGUUGAAUUGUGGAAAUAUGUCUUGAAAUGGGGCGCAAUCAGACACUCAGAACUGGAAAAGCCUCCGACGGAAUGGUCGAUAGAUGGUGUAAAUCAAAUGAAGAAGACAUUGGCGGCGUUGAUUGAAUGCAUUCGGUUCUUUACAAUGUCCGCCGAGGAAUAUUAUGACGAAGUUAGGCCAUACAAAAAACUAUUCUCUAAGAAGCUAAGAGAAGAAAUGUUGCAAUUUAUCAUGUUACCGUCCAGAAAACCCAACGAUAUUAUGGCUCAAGCUAGAGCCAAACUGAUAGAUUCGAGAUUAGUUCGGUAUUCUGUUAUGGCUUUUAUUGCUAGAUGGAUUGAUCCUGCAUACGACGGGAUGUCCUAUGAGUUUACACUAAUCUAUCGGGCGAGUCGUGAUGGAUUUGAUAAUCAAAAUUUUCGCAGAAUAUGUUCUUCCAAAGGUCCGACCAUUGUUAUUGCAAAACUUGUGAAUCAUCCGAACGUAUUUGGCGGCUAUAAUCCUUCUCCUUGGGUUAAUGAUAGUUAUCACUAUUACAGUAACGCAGAUAACAGUUUCGUUUUUGAGAUGCCGGAUGGAAAGUCAACCGCAGGAUCACGCAUCGGCAGAUGCGUUAAUCUCGGUGGUCGUCAAUACAACGGUUAUGGUCCGUUUUUUGGCAGUAAUUUUUAUAUAAAUCAACAAACGUGGAGUUCAAAUACGUCGGGAUGUAAUCGCUACGGAAUUGCAUGUAGUGUUGCAAGUGGUACUCUUGAAGAGUACGAAGUUUUUACAGUAGAAAAAAAAGAUCAAUAA